AUGCUUCCUGCGGAUAACACGUUACCAAAGAAUCAUUUCGAGGCAAAGAAGAUCUUAUGCCCUAUUGUAGUUCCAAGGUUUAAGCGAUUGUUUGCUAAUGAAGAAGACACAAAAAACCUAACAUGGCAUGCUGUUGGUAGGAUCAAAGAUGGAUUGCUUUGUCAUCCUGCUGAUUCACCUCAGUGGAAGACUAUUGACCAGUUGUAUUCGGAAUUCGGCAAAGAUCCCCAAAACCUAAGGGUUGGUCUCGCUUCCGAUGGAAUGAAUCCUUAUGGAAACUUGAGCUGCAACCAUAGUUCGUGGCCUAUUUUGUUGAUCAUUUACAACCUUCCUCCUUGGAUGUGCAUCAAGCGGAAGUACAUAAUGAUGUCUAUGAUGAUUGCUGGUCCAAGACAGGUAGGAAAUGACAUUGAUGUCUAUCUUGCUCCCUUGAUUGAAGACCUCCGAAGAUUGUGGGUAGAAGGGGUUGAUGUGUAUGAUGGGAAUGCUCAAGAGACCUUCAGGUUGCAUGUGUUGGUAUUUUGCACCAUUAAUGACUUUCCAACAUAUGAGAAUUUGAGUGGAUACAGUGUCAAAGGCCAUCACGCUUGCUCGAUAUGUGAGCAAGGCAUAAGUUACAUCCAAUUAAAGCAUGGGAAAAAAAUAGUGUAUACAAGACACCGAAGGUUUUUACAACCUUUUAACCCAUAUAGGCGAAUGAAGAAAGCAUUUAAUGAGACAUCUGAGAUGGACAGUGCACCAAUUCCUUUGUCAGGUCAUGAUGUUUUUGAUAGGGUGAGGAACAUCAGCAAUAUGUAUGGGAAGACACACAAAAAAGAUGGCUCGCACAACAAUAUUCGGAAGAAAAGGUCUAUCUUCUUUGAUCUGCCUUACUGGUGUGAUUUACAUGUCAGACAUUGUUUGGAUGUUAUGCAUGUUGAGAAAAAUGUGUUGAAAAGUUAUACGAAGAAUCAAUAUCGGCUAGAAGCAAGCAUUGUCGAAAGGUAUGUUGCAGAAGAAGCUAUUGAGUUUUGUUCUGAGUACAUCGAAAAUGCUGCACCUGUUGGUCUUUCAAAGACUCACCAUGACAGCUCACGACAAAGUAGGGGCACACGUGGAUUCAAUGUUGUAACCAUGGAUCACAACUUGUCACCCAAACAUGAAUAUGAUGCGGGUGUUGCAGAGCACAAUAGGAGUUUCAUUAAUUGGUUUAGAAACACAAUAUUUGCUAAUGAUAGUCAUUCGAAGACAUUAUCCUUGUUAGCUGUUGGCCCAAAUUUGAAUGUUCUCACUUGGAAGGGUUAUGACAUUAACAAUUAUUCCUUCUACACAAAGUCACAGGACGAAAAAAGUACCGUUCAAAACAGUGCAAUGUCAAUUGAUGCUCAUUCGGACCACUUUAGUAGUGCAUUAGAUAACCAUCCUAUUCAAGCGUCCAUGUUGUAUUAUGGAGUCAUUAAGGAAAUCUGGGAGCUUGAUUAUGGUGAAUUUAGAGUGCCUGUUUUCAAGUGCGACUGGGUUAAUGGAAAUGCUGGUGUGUGCCAAGACAAAAUGAGGUUUACUUUGGUUCACCUGCAAAGGAUUGAUUACAAGGACGAGCCUUUCAUAAUGGCAACACAAGCAAGCAUCCAUGGCAACACCCCCGGGAUCCCCUCCAACUUCAAUCCAAUUUCCAGGUGCAACAUCCAAAAGGAAGCCUUGACAAAGUACAAGGCUGCGAAGAUUGACAGUUACCUGGGGGUCAUGGCUCGUGACAAAAUCCCUAUUGUCCAUUCUAGUUGGAAAGUUGUCCCAGAAACUCUUAAAAAUAUCAUAUGGGAUGACAUCUUGGCCAAAUUUGACAUCCCGAAAGGAACAGCUACGAAGAAGAAGGUAAUGUCCACAGUUGCGACAAGAUGGAGGCAAUUUAAGUCGUCCCUGACCACAAGAUAUGUAUAUGCUGAAAAAGACGGUGAAGAGAACCAUGAUCCAUCUUCUAAGUAUGGUUUGGAUCGGCAAACAUGGGAAGAAUUUGCCAAGAGUCGACAAACACCAAAUUGGUAG